CGAAAAGUAAAACGCCAUAGAACCGUCGCAACCAUGAUAAUAGAAGAUCAGCGAUUUAUCCAUGAAGAUCUAGAGAGACUUGAGCAGGGGAUCAGUGAUCGGGUAGCGGACGAGCCCCGUAAUAUCCGAGAGCGGUUAAACCGAGACCACCAGAUUGCAGGUUUCCUUAAUCGAAUCCAGCAACAAUCUGAAAGACUCCUAGAUAUCUACAAAGAUGCGGAAGGACUGCGAGCAAAGGAGGUCCAGGCCAUCUCAACCGGUGAGCCUUUUGAUGAAUUCUACAAACGUCUAGAAAACAUCAAAGAUUUCCACCGACGAUACCCUAACGAGCAUGUUGAAAAUCUCGAGCGAGCGUACAAGAGAAGGCAUCCGGGAGAGAGUGAAGGGUUUGGAAUGGAAGUGGAAAAUAUGUUUACCGGAGAAGAAUCGUAUGGCCAGUUUUUCGAUCUCACGAAACUCCAUGAGGACUACCUCAAUCUACCAGGCGUGAAACGGCUCACAUACCUACAGUACCUUGACCUGUUCGACGCGUUCACACAACCUCAGCUACCCAUCAAGCGAAGCAGCAAGCUCACUGAUAAAUAUUUCCAAUAUGUCGGUGAUCUUGCUGCGUACUUAGAGAGCUUUAUAAAGCGAGUUAAACCUCUGGAACCUCUUGAGAAGCUUUUUAAUGGUUACGAUGAAGAGUUUGAAAAGCUAUGGCAAGAAAGCAAAGUUCCUGGCUGGGAAGACGAAUCUACAACGGAAGCCUCGUUUGUCCCGAAGACUGAAGGAACAGGUGAAGGAAUUUGGUGUACAGAUUGCGAAAGGGAAUUUAAAAACGAAAACGUAUACAAAAAUCACCUCACUGGGAAGAAACACAUUCGCGCUGCGGAGGCCCGUAAGGCUUCUGGAACUGCCAUCAAUGGCUCAGCACCGCGAACAAGCGGCGACGCUGCGAUUCGUCGCUUGAAGGAGCGUGCAAUCGCGGAAAGAGAACACCGUGUUCGAUCGCUGGCCACAACCCUUAAGGAAGAGAGGAAUGCCACGCGCAUUAAUGUGGAGCGGAAGCAAGGAAUGACGGAGAGAGAGCGGCAAAUGGAGCUCGAUGCGCUGUUUGCAGAGAGUGCAGAGCCACCUGGGAUCCGUCACUGCGAUUCUGAUUCCGACAGUGAUAAUGAGGAGAGGAUAUACAAUCCCCUUAAGCUACCGCUGGCUUGGGAUGGAAAACCAAUCCCCUACUGGCUAUACAAGCUGCACGGCUUAGGGGUGGAGUUGCCAUGUGAAAUUUGUGGUAACUUUGUCUAUAUGGGACGACGCGCGUUUGACAAACACUUUUCAGAGGCUAGACAUAUCUACGGACUAAGGUGCCUUGGAAUCACACAGCAAACCAGCUUGUUCCGAGAGAUCACGAAAAUAGAGGAAGCGCUGAGACUCUGGGAGAAGCUUGAACAGGAUCGGAAGAAGGAGAAGGAGUCUCGAGAAAACGUGGUGCAAAUGGAGGAUGCUGAAGGAAAUGUGAUGCCAGAGCGAAUUUAUCUCGAUCUCCAGAAGCAAGGUAUCCUGUAAAAUGCUUCUUUUUGUUGCUAUGGUUUUUCAUCCAUGUAUUUUACCAAACUACCACUGGCGGUUAGAAAUACGGGGUCACCACGGAGUACUCAGUAGGUAGGCGUUUGAAUGAAAGGCUUUCCUGACUAACCUAUAUACAACUGCCUCUCCAACCUGGUAUAUGUGACUGAUGGCUGUUCCAUAUGGCGCAUACUUGGGCUUUGCUGCUCACAGAAACGAAUAAAUUGGUUGAACCUUGCCUAGGUAACCUUUCGCAACACACAGUCAUGUGAUUUGGCGAAUUUUCGUGUUGCUUGAGGAAGGUAACAUCGCUUUUGACGUUAUUCAAAAAUUGAAAUUUCAACAAU